AUGAAGAGGGGAAACCAAACCAGCAUUGCGGAAUUCCUCCUCCUGGGAUUGUCUGACCGGGCAGAGCAGCAGCAGCUCCUCUUUGUGCUGUUCCUCUGGAUGUACCUACUCGGGGUCUUGGGGAGCCUGCUCAUCAUCCUGGCCAUCGGCUCCGACCCGCACCUGCACACCCCCAUGUACUUCUUCCUCACCAACCUCUCCCUGGCCGACAUCUGCUUCCUGUCCACUACGGUCCCCAAGAUGCUGGCCAACAUCCAGACCCACAGCAAAUCUAUAUCCUAUGGUGGCUGCUUGGCACAAAUGAAUUUUUUUAUGUUAUUUUGUAGCAUAGACCACUUUCUUCUCACCGGGAUGGCUUUUGACCGCUAUGUGGCCAUAUGUCACCCCCUCCACUACACCAUAAUCAUGAGCCCAAGGCUCUGUGCCCAGAUGGUUGCUGGGUCCUGGAUUGUCAGUAUUCUCAAUUCCAUAAGACAUACUUCAUUAUUGUUUCAAUUAUCCUUCUAUGGAGACAAUGAAAUCUUUCACUUCUUCUGUGAAAUUAAGCAGGUGUUAAAGCUUUCCUGCACUGACACCCUCAUCAGUGUUGCAAUGCUGUUUACACUGCUAGUGGUGCUGGGUAUAGUUCCCCUCAUCGGCCUACUAUUCUCUUACACUCGCAUUGUCUCCACCAUAUUGAUUAUCCCAUCCGCAGUGGGGAGAAGUAAAGUUUUCUCCACCUGUGGCUCUCACCUGUCCGUAGUCUCCUUGUUCUAUGGCACUGGUUUUGGGGUCUACUUCAGUCCCACAUACACCCAUGCAUCCCGACAGCUCUCGAUAGCAUCCGUGAUGUACACUGUGGUCACCCCCAUGCUGAACCCCUUCAUCUACAGCCUAAGGAACAAGGACAUGAAAUGGGCCCUGAGAAAGCUCAUCAGGAGGAAAACUCUCUUCUCUCAGGGACUUUGA